GCCAAUGCCAGGCACCGCCCGCUGAUUCGCCUGCAUGCCCAGCGCAAGUUUGUGUACGUACGCACAAUGCAGCGAGUGCAGUCGCGUGUGCACGCCUUCGCAGUGCAGUUCUGGUGCCCACGCAAGCGGCGAGAGGCCUCGAGUGCCGCCCGCAGUAGCGCACCAAAGUCCGGCGUGCGGCUGGGCCAAUUUAGAAUAGAUGGCUGUCCUUGCGCGGACUUCUUGGGAGCCUCCAUGCCGUGUGCUCGUCUCCCCGGCCCGUGCGCAGCCCUCAUUUCCCACGAGGCCUCACUGCCUCCAGCCUGACCGUGACCGACCCACUGCCCGCGCACGCCGCCGUCUUCAUCUCCAUCACCACGCUCCUUGUCUCUACGACUUCACACUCCUUGCCCACCCAGCAGCCCCGACGCCGACACUCGUUCAGCCCGCAGCCUGCACCCGCAACCCGAUCCUUGCGUCUCGCGGUGAGAAAAGGGGUCGAGCCGGCAUUCCAGGGCGCUCGGAAAAACCCGCACGCGCAGCGUUUCAACCUCCAGCUCGAGGGCAUCGCUGAGCGAGUCUUCCUCUGACAACGCGAGAAACCUUCUUCUCUGAGCCUCCACACGCCGCCCCCACACCCAUCGCGACAACGGCACUCUCGCCCGAGCCGCCCACCCGCCCACGCCCGCUUGCACACCGCACCACCUCGCCCGCUGCGGCUCACCAU